AUUAGUGCCAUUAGUUGGUGAUAGAUCCCCACAAGCUUCACCAUGUCUUCCGGAAGGAGCUUUGCAGUUAUUUGGUCAUUUCACUCAAAUGGGAAUGAAUUACAAAUUGGUACUUACUUGCGGAAAUGAAUAAAUAAACUUACUUACCUUUAGAUACUGGCAUUGCUCAUUAAUUGAUUUUCUCUUACCAAACACUACAUUUCCAUGUAUAGUGACCAAUUCUUAUCAAACAGGACAGAGCCCUUCAAGUAAUGAUCUACUAUUAUUUGAUUUUGAUACUGAACUCCAUGCAAUCAAUGAUGGAAUGAACACCGAAAAUCAUACGAAGAAACGAGAGAAGAAGGAUGCUGAGUUACCACUAUUUAGUUAUAAGAGUGUAUUAGCUGCAACAAAUAAUUUCUCAGCUAUGAAUAAACUUGGAGAAGGAGGUUUUGGACCUGUCUACAAGGGAAAAUUACUUAGAGGACAAGAAAUUGCAGUGAAGAUGCUUUCAAAAAGAUCUGGACAGGGAAUUGAGGAGUUCAGAAAUGAGACAAUACUAAUUGCAAAACUCCAGCAUAAAAAUCUUGUCAGACUCUUGGGUUGUUGUAUCGAGCGAGAUGAAAAGAUAUUAAUAUAUGAGUACAUGCCCAAUAAAAGUUUGGACUACUACCUUUUUAAUCCAACCAAGAAAGAAAUGUUAGGUUGGGAGGCACGCAUACGCAUUAUUGAAGGGAUCGCUCAAGGGCUUCUUUAUCUUCAUCAAUAUUCAAGGUUACGAAUCAUACAUAGAGAUCUAAAACCAAGUAACAUUCUCUUGGAUGGUGAAAUGAAUCCAAAAAUAUCAGAUUUUGGCUUGGCUCGAAUAGUUGGAGGCAAUGAAACACAGGCAAACACAAACCGAGUUGUUGGAACUUAUGGCUAUAUGUCUCCCGAAUAUGCAAUGGAUGGUUUGUACUCAAUAAAGUCUGAUGUGUUUAGCUUUGGAGUAUUGGUGUUAGAGAUUGUGAGCGGCAGGAAGAACACUAGCUUCUAUAACAACGAGUCACUCAAUCUUCUUAGAUAUGCUUGGGAGUUGUGGAGAGAUGAUCGAAGUUUGGACUUGAUGGAACCAACAAUAGGAUAUGCUUCUUUCACUUCUAUUCUGUUGAGGUUCAUUAACAUUGGCCUUCUUUGUGUCCAAGAAAGCCCAACUGAUCGACCUACCAUGUCUGAUGUAAUCUUAAUGAUUAGCAAUGAACAUGCACCUCUACCUACACCUAAGCGACCAGCGAUUUUCACAGGAAGAAAUAUAAUGGACACAAAUUCAAUAGUUGACAGUGCAGGAAAUUGCUCCAAAAAUAGUGUAACUAUUUCAGCAAUGGAAGCCCGAUGAUUGAUUCCUAUGUGAAAGAAAUGAAAUGUUGGAGAAGCAAUCUUUUCAUCCUAAUUUGUAUGCAUGUUGAUAUGCUACAUAAUUGUCACUAAAUGUUGUCUUAGUUCACUCAUUUUAGUUUUGUUGCCAAUGAUACUAUAGAUAAAAAUGUUUUGUGUUUUUUUGUUUUUUUGAAGGGCUAUAGAUAUAAAUGUUGCC